AUGGCAAACAUGAAUUACAGGCAAGAAGAAUCAAUCUCCGUUUCCAGUCCUUAUUUUCUGCAUCCAGGUGAGAAUCCCUCACUUGUUCUAGUUUCAACUUUACUUGAUGGAGGUAACUAUCAUAAGUGGUAUAGAUCGAUGAGAAUGGCUUUAUUGUCAAAGAAUAAGUUCAAAUUUGUAGAUGGAUCUAUUUCAGUUCGAAAUAGAGAUGAUGUUUCUUUUGAAAUCUGGGAGAGAUGUAAUACUAUGGUGAUGUCUUGGCUUUAUAGAGCAGUUACAAGUACCAUUGAUGAGAGCAUUUCUUGUUUAGAUUCAGCUUAUGAGAUAUGGAAUGAUUUGAGAGAUAGAUUUUCACAGGGAGAUAAUUACAGAAUAGGUGAUUUGCAGGAAGAGAUUUACACAUUUCAACAAAGUAAUUUGUCAAUUACUGAGUACUACACUCAUCUCAAGACUCUGUGGGAUGAAUUACAGAUUUACCUAUUUGUAAGGGACAAUCAAUCAAGUGAUCAGUCUAUUAAGUUUCUGAGAGGUCUCAAUGAAAACUUUGCUCAUGUGAGAUCUCAAAUACUGAUGAAUGAGGUAUUGCCUCCCAUUAACAAGGUAUUUUCACUUUUGAUUCAACAUGAGAGACAAUUGAACAAUCCUGGAAGGCAAGCUAAUUCUGAGGCUAGUAUUUUUGCUGCAAAAUCUAGCUUCCAGAAUCAAUAUGAAACUGAGUCCAGUUACUCUGAUGGAAAUCAGUUGAUUGGAUAUGAGUCCAACAUCAAUUAUGUGAGAGGAAGAGGUACACCAGUUUAUAGGGGAAGAGGCACCUAUAGACCACCUUUUAAUAGUGGUUUUCAAGCAAAUAAGUUGAAAAUGUGUUCAUAUUGUGGCUACAGUGGACACACAGUUGAGAUUUGUUACAGGAAGCAUGGGUACCCUCCAGGAUUUCAACCUAAAUACAAAUCAGAUAAUUAUUGA